AUGAAAACCCAAAUCAUCAUCUCAAUUUCACUCGCCUUCCUCCUCCUAAACAUCCCCAAAACCCUAUCCCUGUCUCCCGCCGCCGCCCCAGCCAAGCCGCCGCCUUCCUCCCCUGCACCCGCGGCCCAAGUCGCCGUAACCCCCGGCCCAUUGGACGUCGCCAAGAUCCUCGACAAGGCCGGCCGGUUCACCGUCUUCCUCCGGCUCCUGAAAUCCACUCAGGAGGACGUCGAGCUCUACCAGCAGCUCAACGAGACCCACAACGGCGCAACGGUGUUCGCCCCCAGCGACGGCGCGUUCUCGGGGCUGAAAGCAGGGACCCUGAAUUCCUUAAGCGACGGGGACAAAUCGGAGCUGGUGAAGUACCACAUCGUGCCGUUCUUCAUCUCGUCGGCGCAGUUCCAGACCGUGAGCAACCCGGUCAGGACCCAGGCCGGUUCGGGCGGCCGGCUCUCGAUGAACAUCACCACCGAUGUCACCGGGAGUUCGGUCAAUAUUAGUACCGGGAUCGUCAACACGACGAUUUCGGGCACCGUUUAUGCGGACAGCAGGCUGGCGAUUUAUCAGGUGGACAAGGUGCUGCUCCCGCUUGACGUUUUCACUCCCAGGCCUCCGCCGCCGGCGCCUGCUCCGGCCCCGGCGCCGGAGAAGGCGGGGAAGAAAGGGGGUGGAGCGGAGAGCCCUGCUGUUCCGAAGAGCGACAAAUCUGGCGCCGUGAGGCGGAUUGGGCGGCGCCCCCUGCUCUUUCCCCUGCCAAAUCGCCUCCAAAGCCCACAUCUCCCCCAACUCCAAAGCCCACCGCGCCGCCGCCGGCCCAAGGCCCAGCCGCCAUGGUCCCGGUCCAAACCUCCAAAGGCCCGCUCAACGUCCUCAAGGUGCUCCAAAAGGCCGGCCACUUCUCCAAUUUCAUCCGCCUCAUCAAAACCACACAGGAAGACAUCCAAUUCGCCUCCCAGCUCAACGCCUCUGACGACGGAAUCACGGUCUUCGCCCCGACCGACGGCGCGUUCUCCGCCAUCAUCAAGGCAGGGGUUCUCAAUUCACUCUCCGACCAGGAAAAGAUCCAGCUGGUUCAGUUCCACGUCAUCCCCAGGCAAAUCUCGACCCCCCAGUUCCAGACCGUCAGCAACCCGCUCAAGACUCUGGCCGGGUCGGGUAAGCGGUUCCAGCUCAACGUCACGACCAGCGACAGCAUGGUGA